GCUACUAGGAAGACAAUUAACUCUAUCCCAGCCGAAACCAGGACAGUGUGCGUUUUCCGUUGAUUUAAUAUAGUAGGUAAAUAACAAUUCCUUUAAUUAUAUUUCGAGUAGAUGUGAACAGGAAGUAUUUUUAAAAGAAACGUACAUACUUAUUGCUGAAGCAGUUUUGGGGGGAGGAUUAACCAUGGAGUUUCAGUACAAAGAGUAGGAAAUUAAUUUCUGCUGAGCACAUGGAGGGGGAUAAAAAUACUGUGAUUAGUACUUGCUUAACACAGAUACUUCUGUUCAGCAUUUAGCAAAAUGGAUUCUGGUAUGGACUCUUAAGCACUUUGAUACAAAAAAGUAACAAUCAUAACAUGUUAGGACAACUGUACAUUUCUGAAGAAGCAUAAGGUAUAUCUAGGCAAUGCAUAGCUACUCUACAUUUGCUUGCAGAUUCCUUUGCAAAGUGAAGAAAGAAAUAAAUGAAUGAUCAUAGAAUCUGCAAUUUACUAAACACUCAUAAGCUUCUAAGAAAUAUUUCUAAGGAUGUGGUAUAGAUGGUGGUAUAUUUAUUUUGUCUGUUUCCCUUAUUAGAAAAUAAAUAUCUUUACCUCAUUUCCCUUCAGAUUUUAAAUAACCAUGAGUUUAAAAACCAAAACAGUUAUUCUUAAACUAAAGUGUCCUAAUUUGUUAUGUCAUUACCCACAUGUUUUGUUGUAUCUUUGUGGGCUCGUAUUCCUUUUAUAAAUAAAUUCAGGAAGAUAACACUCCAAAACUUAAAGAAACUUAAAGGCUGUAACUCAUGAGGUUAUUUGGCCUCACAUAUUAAUUUGUUUUUCAGAACUGUCUGAAGAACAGGGAAGUAAAUUUGUAAGAUAUUUCAAGUUUUGGUGGUGACGUUUUUUUUUUCCACCCACAACCGUUUAUUUUCUAUAGAAUUGUUAAAAAGUUUGACCUGAUCUUAAAAACUAGAGGGGGAUCUUUUGAAAAGGCAGUAUCUCUGAAAAUACAGGCAAAUUUUCAGGGUUCUGUCUGUAGAGAUAGACCUUUCCUCAUUCUUGAAUAAAAUAAAUGAGCAGAUCUUUGUUUGUGGCAUGGAACUGACUAACUAGAUUUUGUAUUUAAAAUAAAACAUUACGUUGUUGAGGGACCAAAGUAUUCUGGAAAUAAUACUGCUAACUUUAUAAUAUAGGUAUGUAUGUUAUUCAUUUUUUGAACUGCUAUAGUAGUUUACUUAACUGAAAGUGUUCAGUUGAUUCCUUAAGCAAUGUUUGAGCAAAUGAAUAAUUCCAAUUAUUUCAGUAAGAUGACCCAUAUGCUUAAAGUUUAGAAUUGUAUUUAACUACCUUUCUGAACUUGACUCCCUGUCUGUUUAGUUAUGUGCAUAACUCAGUUCCUAUUUAAAGGGGCUAAAUGCCUUAAGCAUCUCUUAAGUUUAUCUGGUUAAGUGUAUAUUGAAUUGGCUGUAUGUAAGUGCAUACUUAAGUUAGGCAUAUGCUUAUGUACAUUACUGACCAAGGAUCUAAGUUAGAAUGCAGAUGUACCACUUUAGGAGCCAUUUCUGCCAUUGGAUUUACUUGAGCCAUGUCUGUUGAUCCUGUAGAAACCUGUAUGAGUAUCCAGUUAAUAGCAAGAUGCUGGCUGUUCAGGAUAAGGUCUGGUUCAUCAAUCAUUUGAAAACACAAGUAUUUUGAUUUUCAGAAGAACUGGUAUAUAAUUGUAUGCCUAAUUUGCAUGUACAGUUGCUGGAACUGUAUAUUUGGAAGCCUGUUAGUUAGCUACAUGGUAGGCAGGAUGUGAGGCAAGGUACCUGAUUCUCAUGAACAGUCAGGCAAAUCAGGUACACCUCUCAUUGCAUGCCUGACUUCAAAAUGAGACCUGUAAAGAGUGCUGAAUAUUGUGAUGAUAACUCAGAUUCAUGCAUGUUUUUAUAAAAGCCCUGGAAGACAUAAUUGCACAGUUAAUUCAUAAGUGCUAAUAAUUUUCCUAUUUUUCUCCUUUAGAUAGCAAAAUCAAGUGGUUUGUUGCAUGUUAAGGAGCAAGGUGCCUCAAAACUUAACAUAAAUAAAAUAAAUCUAAAUAGGAGGCAUGAAAAAAAAGAGUACUGUUAUUUUAUCUUUUCUAUUCCACCCAUGCUACAUAUAAAUUAAUUUUAAUUUAGAUUUUUUUUUGUCCUUUGGUCAUAUCCAACUGUAACCUAGUCCUUGCUGCAGAUCUGUAGAACAGGUUUGCAACACUUGUCGUCUUUUUAUUUUUUUAAAGUAGUAUGAUUUCUGUGGGGUUUAUUGGAUCUUGUAUAGCUAAAAUUGCAUGGUGUGUUGAAACUUGUAUUUUGCUUUUUGAUAAUAUUUAUAUAUUAAUUUUUAAAUCCUUAAGUUAAUGUUUUUAUAGUUAAAACAUAUACAGAUUGAACCUAAGCAGUAAAAGCCUCUGGCACAGUAUUUGUAUAUACCUUGACUUUCAAAACAAUGUUUAAAUAAAAGCACUUACUUGAAUAAAGUACAUGGGGUAAUACCAAAGGGCUCAGUUGGAUAGCAUAUAUACAGUUACGCCAGUAAUUUUGAAUGCAUCAUAGAUACCUAGUAUAAUUAGAACUUCAUUUCUGUAGUUUUUCAGUUCAGUGUUUAAUGUUUGUACCAGUUUAAAUCCCUUUGCAUUUCAAAUUUAAUACAUACGUUUAAUUGUAUUUGUAUUUUGAUUUUUGAAGGUUUUUGGGGGGGGGUUCAUUUAGCAGUCUAAUUGUAACUAACUUUGAAUGAAACCUGUGUUUAGUUCAUAUUAGAUAUUACUUAAACUUUUAGCAUGCUGGGGAAUAUAAUAUGGUUGAAAUAGUAGGAAAUACAUAUUUUAGGAAAAUAUAGCUUGCUUAUCUGAUCAGUUAUGAUUUUCUUCAAUCUCAGUAAAUUUAAAGCUAAUUUAUCAAAGUUUCAGAUAAACUGAGGUGACCUAGAAUGUAAGACAGUACAAAUCUGAAUUUUUCUGCUCUCCCCUCCUCCACUUCCAACUUCACUUGUAGUAUGUCUUGUGUGGAGUCACAUUAGUUUUUAUUUUAUUUAUUUUUACAUCAAAAGUAAGUAACACCAGAGGGGGAAAAAGCACACAAAUUUCAGUUAGCACAUACUUCGUGGCUUGUUUUUUUUUUUUUUGUUUUUUUUUUUUUUUUUUUUUUUUUGUUUUAACUGAUUUGGUUAUUUGCCAUUUCUGGGGAUUAAACUUUAAAAAAUGUUCUUCUUUUCUGUAUCUGAUGUUCUGUGUGCUAUUAGUGAUGCAGCCAACACGAACGGUUGUCAUGUGUAAAACAACUUUCGAUCACCGUGAAAACACCGCCCUGGGAAAGCGUCCAUGCUUGAUAUCGUUUGGUUCAUGAACGUUAAGUUUCCAGUACAGGUAAAAUCCCAGAUGAAGCCAAAGCCCUUUCUCUAUUGGCGCCUGCUCCUACUAUGACAAGCCUGAUGCCUGGUGCAGGGUUGCUUCCUAUACCUACACCAACCCCUUUGACUACACUCGGUGUUUCACUUGGCACUUUGGGCGCUAUGCCAGCAGCAGCAUUGGACCCUAACAUUACGGCACUGGGAGAAAUACCACAGCCACCAAUUAUGGGGAAUGUGGACCCAUCCAAAAUUGAUGAAAUCAGAAGAACAGUCUAUGUUGGAAACUUGAAUUCACAGACUACAACAGCAGAUCAGCUGCUUGACUUCUUUAAGCAAGUUGGAGAAGUCAAAUUUGUGCGAAUGGCAGGUGAUGAGACGCAACCAACACGAUUUGCUUUUGUGGAAUUUGCAGACCAAAAUUCUGUACCUCGAGCUCUUGCCUUUAAUGGAGUUAUGUUUGGAGACAGGCCACUGAAAAUAAAUCACUCCAAUAAUGCAAUAGUGAAGCCUCCUGAAAUGACACCACAAGCUGCUGCCAAGGAACUGGAAGAAGUGAUGAAGAGAGUAAGGGAAGCCCAGUCUUUCAUAUCUGCUGCUAUUGAGCCAGAGUCUGGAAAGAGCAGCGAAAGAAAAGGUGGUAGAUCUCGUUCCCGUUCUCGUUCAGAAUCCAGGUCUAGCUCAAAAUCCCGAUCUAGAAGGAAAAGAUCACACUCAAAACACAGAAAUAGAUCUGGCAACAGAUCGCUCUCAAGACACAAGGACAGACGCAGAUCCAGAAGUCCCCUGAAAAAACGGUCUAGAUCUAGGGAAAGGCAGAAAUCAAGAAGUCGCUCUCAUUCUCGGGACAAGAAAAGAGACAAAGAAAAGGUCAAGGAAAAAGAAAAGGAGAAAGAGAGAGACCGAGACAAAGAGAAGGAGAGAGACCGGGACAGAGAGAAAGAAAGGGAAAGAGAGCGAGGUAAAGAGAGAAACAGGGAUAAGGACAAGGAGAAGGACCAGGAGAGAGAGAAAGAGCAAAACAAAGAUCGAGAGAGAGUCAGAGACAAGGAUAGGGAUAGAGAUGGGGACAGGGGAAAGGACAAAGACAAGGAGAAGGAAAAAGACAGGGAAGAGGUAGACCAGAACAAGGAAAAAGAUGAUGUUGAGAAAGACGGGGAGAAGGACAGAGAGAAGAUUAAGGACAAAGAGAAGGACAGAGAAAAAGAAAAGGAAAAUGAUGAGGAUAAGGAGAAGGAUCGAGAAAGAGAAAAAGAGAGAGAUGAUAAAAAGAAGAAAGAGAAGAGAUCCAGAACACCCCCAAGAAGCUAUAGCUCUUCAAGAAGAUCUCGUAGCUCCAGCAGAGAAAGGCGUAAAAGGAAGAGUAGAAGUCCCUCUAAGUCUCCUAAAACAACAAAAAGAAAGUCUUCACGAACUCCUUCUCCAAGAAGAAACAAGAAAGAAAAAAAAAGAGAAAAGGAUACAAAUAAUGAAAGAAGAGAAAGGGAACACUCCACCUCCAAGAAAAAAAGUAGUAAAGAAAAAGAGGGAAAGGAGGAAUCUGAUAAAAGCACCACUACUUUGAAGGACAAAGAUCACACUAAAGAGGAUCUGAAUUCAGAAACUGACAAGGAAGUAGGCAAUAGAGAUACACAAAGGACAGAUGAAGUCAAACUACAACAGAAUGGGAACUGUCAACCAAAUGACGAAAACCUCUCAAUUAAAAUGGAAGAGGUUUAAAGCAAAGAAUAGACUUCUGACUCAACUGAGGAAUGAAAUCCAAAGCUUUUUAUUUCCCAGAAUGAGGAAGAAAAUGUCAAAGCAAUCAACCUGAACAUGGUGAUAGUACUAGUGGCUCUUCCAAUUCUUGUGAUAGCUUCGUCGAUUUCUUGCUGUAAAGCAGGAGAGCAUGGACCAGUAGUUAUACCAUGAAAAGGCAGAUGCCAUCAGAACUAUUCAUCUCUGAAAAUCCAUGCAUUUCCAUGAUGGCUGUCCUUAUUUGUAUAAUGAUUUAUGUUAAGUUUUGCCAUAAGCUGUUACAAAUAAGUAGAAACUGAAAGAUGUAAACCUGUACUAUCCAAAAAAAGCUGAAGAUAUGCAUUGAAGGUUGUUUAAAAUACUGCUUGUUGAUGAAUUUUGUAUUAUUUUACUUUGUGGGUUAAAAAAAUCCACAAAAACUUCAAUGUGUAUUGUUUGAUGUGCUUGGAAACAGUGCAUAAAUAUACACACUUUCUUUUGUUGUAAAUGAAAAUAUAGAAAAAGGGUUUUUAAACAUAAACACAGUUUUACAGUUCUUACGUUAAAUGCCCACUGACUAGUUUGCUUUUCAUUUGCUCACUGCUUGAGAUUUUUUGGGUUAUAUUUAAAACAAUUUCUUACUAAUAUCCCUAAAAUGAAUAUUUCUUUUAAAGUAUUUGAACAACACAUGCUACUUUUCUGUUCCUAAAAGGAACAUUGCAAUGUUAUAGAUAAUACAUUGGCUUACUGGGCUAUUUUGGGGUUGUUUUGUUUUGUUGUUUAUUUUUGUCCUUCCAGAAGUGAGCACAUCUGUAUGAUAUUAUUAGAACUUACAGUUUUGUUUUGAGCUGUACUGCAGUGUCUGUUCAGCUGCAAAUAGUACAGGUGCCAUUAUGAAAAUAUUUUUUUUUUCCUUAUUUGUUAAAAAAAAUGGGAGCACAAGCAGAAGCUUUAGUGCCUUCUUAAAAUAAUGUGGUAUUUUCUAGAAAUGUAUAUGUGCUAUUAUUACUCAUUUUCAGCUAAAUCUUACAUGAUCUCUAUUGCUAUUUUGCCACCACUAUACUGUAGACAAGAAUGCAAGUGAUUUGUCAGAACAAUUGUUUGAUUCACUUGUUAAAAUACUAAAGCUCCAUUUUUACUUUUAUUUUUUAUUUUUAGAAGAGAUUUAUAGGUGAAAAGAUGCAUUUUGGGGACCACCGCUGUACAAAAGUAGUAGCUGAAUACAAAGCAUUUUCUGAUCACCUGCAUCAAAGGCAGCCCUUUAGACAUGUAAUCUACAUUUGAAUGGCCUUAAUUGUUACCUCUCCAUCAUCAUGUCUGAUACCUGUUGGGUGUUAUAAAAGGAAUCAUAUGCAAAGCUGAGGGGAUAAAUAAUUUGGGAAAAAAAAAGUUCUAAUUUACACACGAGUUAUAUGAUAGAGAUUCUUUUUUCAUUCUUUAAAGAGAAAGCACGUAAGAAGAGAAUGAUAAAGCAAAUAUUUUUGUCAAGGUAAAAUAUGGCUUGUGCUCUCUGAACUGAUUUAAUCAGUUUCAUCAUUGUGAGAUUUCUUAAGAGUCAUACCUUUAAAAUUAAUACCUAAAAUCAAGUAGAAUAUUUUUAAUACAACUUAAUACAAUCAAAUGACUUAAUUGCCUUACCUCAUGGGAAGAGUUAUUUCUUUCAGUUAAAAAAAACUUAAUAGCAUAUUAGCUAUUUGUUUUUCUUUUCCUUUGCAUAGAUAAUUCUUACAAAAAAAAAAAAAAGCAUAUUACAGGGAAUGAAAAAUUUGCCCAAUUCCUAAGGUAAUGAAACCCUAUUUGAUUGUGAAGGUGCUUAAUCACUCUUUUUUUUUUUAAUAGGAUUUUAUGUUCUUGCCACUGUGUACAUUUAAGACUAUAGAAAAUGCUUUACCAUGUAAAGUAUAGACAGUCAUUUUUGUGAUGUUUAAGCCACAUGCUGUUGACUGGUAAACAGCUUAUUCUGAUAAAAGAAUGACAGAUCUGUAUGCUUAUAGAAAGACUGUGAAGGACUGUGUCUUGCAACAACAGCUGUCUUAUUUAUGACGUGUAAGUAGCAUAGAGCAAAAAGAUUCUUUGUAUACUUGUUAUCUUUGGUACCAUUUCACUAAUAAAAUUAAGUAUUUUAGAGGGAAGUUUCUGCUGUUACGUACUUUUAGUUGAUCUGGUCUUAGUCAGGCAGCUUCUUUGAUUUGAAAUGUGGAUACAAGUGAAAAUAUACAUGUAUUAUUUAUAAUAUCUUUGAAAAGCUAAGCUUCUCAUUUGGGAGAAAUUAGAAUUCUUGCAGUGUAUCAUGUUUCAGCUGAGAUUAGUUCGAUUUCCUGAGUUUCGUUAUCCUGAAAUUGCAUAGUUCUAUUAUAUAGCAGUUACAGAAUAUGUAAAGGAUUGUGUAUAGUUAGCUAAGAAACACGCCUUUAAAAAUUAGUAGUUAAGGAUGGCAGCCUUAGUAGCUAACUUACCACAUGUGUAAGUCCAUAUGCAGCACAUUGUUAUAUUGUAUGUGAAUUAAUGGUUCCCUUAAAAAAAAUUGUGGGCUUUUUUUUU